AUGGACCCCGGCGAGGCCGCCAUUUUGGAGUCUUCCCUAAGGAGCUUCUACCGGCUUUUCGCGCCGCUGCCGCCGCUGCCAGCGGCCUUGCCGGGCAGGAUGAAUGUGAUAGACCACGUGCGAGACAUGGCGGCCGCGGGGCUGCACUCUAACGUGCGGCUCCUCAGCAGCUUGUUACUUACAAUGAGUAAUAACAACCCUGAGUUAUUCUCCCCAUCCCAGAAGUACCAGCUCUUGGUGUAUCACGCAGAUUCUCUCUUUCAUGAUAAAGAAUAUCGGAAUGCUGUGAGUAAGUAUACCAUGGCUUUGCAGCAGAAGAAAGCCCUAAGUAAAACUUCAAAAGUGAGACCUUCAACUGGCAAUUCUGCAUCUACUCCGCAAAGUCAGUGUCUUCCAUCUGAAAUUGAAGUGAAAUACAAAAUGGCUGAAUGUUAUACAAUGCUAAAACAAGAUAAGGAUGCCAUUGCUAUUCUUGAUGGGAUCCCUUCAAGACAAAGAACUCCCAAAAUAAACAUGAUGCUGGCAAAUCUAUACAAGAAGGCUGGUCAGGAGCGCCCUUCAGUCACCAGCUAUAAGGAAGUGCUGAGGCAGUGCCCAUUAGCCCUCGAUGCCAUUCUAGGUUUGCUGUCCCUUUCUGUAAAAGGCGCAGAGGUGGCAUCGAUGACAAUGAAUGUGAUCCAGACUGUGCCUAACUUGGAUUGGCUCUCUGUGUGGAUCAAAGCAUAUGCUUUUGUGCACACUGGUGACAACUCGAGAGCAAUCAAUACCAUCUGUUCACUAGAGAAAAAGUCCUUAUUGCGAGAUAACGUGGACCUGCUGGGAAGCUUAGCAGAUCUGUACUUCAGAGCUGGAGACAAUAAAAACUCUGUCCUCAAGUUUGAACAGGCACAGAUGUUGGAUCCUUAUCUGAUAAAAGGAAUGGAUGUAUAUGGCUACCUCCUGGCAAGAGAAGGGCGGCUAGAGGAUGUGGAGAACCUUGGCUGCCGCCUUUUUAAUAUUUCUGAUCAGCAUGCAGAACCCUGGGUAGUCUCUGGGUGUCAUAGCUUCUAUAGCAAACGUUACUCUCGGGCCCUCUAUUUAGGAGCCAAGGCCAUUCAGCUGAAUAGUAAUAGCGUUCAAGCUUUGCUACUUAAGGGAGCAGCACUUAGAAACAUGGGCAGAGUCCAAGAAGCAAUAAUCCACUUUCGGGAGGCUAUACGGCUUGCACCUUGUCGCUUAGAUUGUUAUGAAGGUCUCAUUGAAUGUUACUUAGCUUCCAACAGUAUUCGUGAAGCAAUGGUAAUGGCUAACAACGUUUACAAAACUCUAGGAGCAAAUGCACAGACCCUUACCCUUUUAGCCACUGUUUGUCUUGAAGACCCAGUGACACAGGAGAAAGCCAAAACUUUAUUAGAUAAAGCCCUGACCCAAAGGCCGGAUUACAUUAAGGCUGUGGUGAAAAAAGCAGAACUACUUAGCAGAGAACAGAAAUAUGAAGAUGGAAUUGCUUUGCUGAGGAAUGCACUAGCUAAUCAGAGUGACUGUGUCCUGCAUCGGAUCCUAGGAGAUUUCCUUGUAGCUGUCAAUGAGUAUCAGGAAGCAAUGGACCAAUAUAGUAUAGCACUAAGUUUGGACCCCAAUGACCAGAAGUCUCUAGAGGGGAUGCAGAAGAUGGAGAAGGAGGAGAGUCCCACGGAUGCCACUCAGGAGGAGGAUGUGGACGACAUGGAAGGGAGUGGGGAAGAAGGGGACCUGGAGGGCAGCGACAGUGAGGCGGCCCAGUGGGCUGACCAGGAGCAGUGGUUCGGCAUGCAGUGA